AUGAAGGCACUUUUCGUUGCGUUAUCCCUUGGAGUCUUUGCCUCUUUGGCUCAGGCAAAGCCAAAUUCAUACGCUGUAUGGGCUGCAAAUUCCGCAAUUGCUCGUGGCCAAGGCAAUGGAUUAUCGAAUGGUGUACCAUUAGUCGCUUAUGACCACGGAGAGUUCCAAUGGGCUCUUCGUCUUCUCUAUGAGCGAGACAAGAACGAGACUUACCUUGAUUAUAUCAAGACUGGAGCGAACAACAUCGUUUUCGACAAUGGAACAGUUCAUGGGUCAUAUAAUGUCACCGACUACGUCCUAGAUCCCCUAAGAACUGGCCCAACGUUCUUAUAUCUGUUGAAUAUAACUGGAGAAUCGAAAUGGGAGACAGCCGCCGAUAUAUUCAGAGGCCAGCUUAACUCUCAUCCUCGUACUGCUCAAGGUCAGUUCUGGCACAAACUCAUUUAUCCCAAUCAAGGUUGGCUGGAUGGGAUCUAUAUGGGCGAAGUCUUCUACGCUCAAUACACACACGAUCUUCAGCCAGAUAAUAUUACUGCAUGGGACGAUAUCACCUCUCAAUUUCAACUAAUGUUCGAAAACACCAUACAAAAUGCAACGGCCCCAAAUAACACUCAUCUCAUGUAUCAUGGAUAUGACUACUCUCAUGUAGCAGUCUGGUCAUCUCCAGAUCGUGGUCAUUCUCCGGAGGUUUGGGAUCGUGCUUUAGGCUGGUACAUGAUGGCCUUGGUCGACGUCUUGGACAUUUUACCUGCCUCUCACUAUGGUCACGAUGUCCUUCUGCACAUUCUCCAAACCUUGACUCCCCACAUUCGCGAUGCAACUGAUCAUAUGAGCGGGGUAUGGUGGUUGGUUAUCACUCAACCAGGUCGCGCAGGAAAUUAUUUCGAAAGCAGUGGUUCGGCGAUGUUUGUAUACGCACUGUUGAAAGCAGUUCGUCUGGGUCGCGUGCAGGAUCCUGAUGGUAGUAUUGUCGCGGCCGCGAAGAAGGCAUACGGAUAUAUGGUGCAAAAUUGGGUCAUUCCUGAUGUUAAUGGAACGAUGAGUUGGAACAAUACAGUCGUUGUAGGAAGCUUGAAUCUUGAGGGCGACUUCGAUUACUACAUUAGUCAACCGAUCGACAUCAAUGACCUAAAAGGGAUUGCGGCCUUCGUCUUAGCGAGCAUUGAAUAUGAAAAGUUGUAG